AGUGUCAGUUUGGCUGAAUGUCGCACGGUAUUUUUCUUCGCCUUGUUGGUGUGGGCGCAUUUUCAAAGAGGUAGCGGUUUUAUAUAAGACAGGUGUCUGAAAAAGGCAUACAUCAUACAUCAACAUGGCUGGGCUGAUGAGCUUCUACAGCAAUCUCAGUGGCAAAGAUUGGGCUGCACUUGUGCCCUUUGGUCUGGCCUGCGGCGGCAUUGCUGUGGUGCUCUACAACAAGUUGUGUCCUCUUGCCGCGGGCUGCGUUAACCUGUGUCACAAGAAGGAGUGUGAGAAGGUGGCCGACUCCGUCGACAUGGAGGACCUUGGCGACAAGGCCGUCUUCUGCCGCUGCUGGAGGAGCAAAAAGUUCCCCUACUGCGACGGAAGCCACAACAAGCACAACAAAGAGACAGGCGACAACGUUGGCCCGCUGAUUGUCAAGAAAAAGGCGGCCUAGAUGGCAGCACCGGUCGGUGACCUGUGUCAGUCGUUCCCCGCCAUAGUAGCUCAUGUGUAGAGUCUGGCCUGUAUGCUCUGUGUAAUGUGUAUAACCGGUGACUGGUUGUGCUUUUGAGAACUUUUGGUGUUAGUGUCGGCUAGGGCUUUCUCUGUACAUACGGUCUAUGCUUUUGAGAGGACGCGAAGCUUUUGCGAUAUUGUAACCCAUGAGCAGCAUUGGUGUUUCCCAUGUGUAUCCCUGGUUGGGUAUAGGGAGAAAAUAAGAUGUUGAUGUACUAAUUUUGGAAUAUACGUGUUCUACGACCAUCUAUAGGACGUCCUCCACACCUAAGUGAUUUAUUGUCACAUAUUUUGUAGGCAAAUAAAGUUGUGAAAUUGAUUUA